AUGAGCAUUGGAGAGUCCACAUGGCAAGGAUAUAUGGGAGCCAUGAACAAAGAGUCCAGCAUGAAGCUGCUUGAUGCUUACUACGACGCUGGAGGAAACUUCAUUGACACCGCUAAUCUCUAUCAGGAUGGCACUUCCGAAGAAAUAAUUGGGGAAUGGGCUGAAAAGCGUGGAAUCCGGGAUCGUCUUUUCAUAGCCACGAAGUAUGCCCACAACUUUCACUUGAUGAAGAGGGAGGAGCCGCAUAGAAUCCUUUUCGCGGGCGGAAACGCCAAGUCGCUUCAUACCUCAAUAAAGGGUUCCCUCGAGAGACUUCGAACCGACUAUAUUGACCUUCUGUAUGUCCACUGGUGGGACUACGACACUAGCGUUGAAGAAGUCAUGCAGUCACUCCACACGCUCAUCCUCCAACGCAAAGUUCUCUACCUCGGAAUAUCUGAUGCGCCGGCGUGGGUUGUCUCUAUGGCGAAUCAGUACGCCAAAGACCAUGCACUUACGCCGUUCUCAGUCUAUCAAGGAGCAUGGAACGUAUUGGACCGCUCUUUCGAGCGCGAAAUCAUACCCAUGGCCAGAGCACAAGGUAUGGCUCUUGCCCCAUGGAAUGUCCUAUGCGGGGGUAGAAUUCGGUCUGACGCAGAAGAGGAGAGACGGGCAGCAACCAACGAGAACGGACGGGGUGGUGCUGCUUGGCGACGUACUGAAAAAGAGACGCUGAUGAGCCAAGUUUUGGAAAAAGUAGCCGCUGAAGUCGGGGCCAAACAUAUCACUUCUGUGGCAAUUGCAUACGUGAUGCAGAAGACAACACACGUGUUCCCAAUCAUCGGAGGUCGUAAAGUGGAGCACUUACUUCAGAAUAUCGAGGCCCUUGAUAUUUCACUCUCGGACGAGCACAUUUCUUGGAUAGAAAAUGUUGUCCAGUUCGACCCAGGUUUUCCAACGAAUCUAAUUGGAAACGGAGUAACAUACAAUGGAUUAUGGUUGUCGAGUGGAAAGCUGGAUAAAAUUCGAAUAGAGCCAAUCCGUCCAAAGCCAAGAAGUACUGGAAACGAAAAAGUAUGA